CCCAAGGUGGAGUGCAACGCCAAGCUGGACCCGACGCAGACGUCCUUCCUGAAGAUGGCCGACGGGGGCGGGCAGCCGCAGAUCGCCCAGCCCGGCCGGCUGACCGAGGCCAUCAAGUACUUCCUGCAGGGCAUGGGCUACAUGGCCGCCUCCGCCAUGACGCGCCUGUCGCGCUCCCGCACGGGCUCGGUGGCCGCGGGCGAGGCCGAGCGCGGGCGCAGCCGCACCCUGAGCCGCGGCAGCACCGGGGCGGGGGCCCCCCCGCCCCCCGCCAGCCCCUGAGGGGCGCCCCGCCCCCGCGGACCCCCAAAAAAACCCCUGAGACCCCUCCCUAUCCCCCAAAAAUAACCCACUCCCCCA